AGUGUGUGGAGCGCUAUACGCUGACAGCCUGCUUACGUCUGUUCCGAGUGCGCUGGCAAAAUUGUAAAUACUCGAGAGGAGGCUGCAAGAGAGGGCGCGAGAGAGGGAGGGAGGGAAGGGCACAUUUAAAAAUAUAAAUGAAAGGCAAGACGAUCCCCAAAACAUCAAUUUUAAACGAUGACACAGCGGACAAACAGUGGCGACAGCUGAAAAAACUGCAAUAUGAUAGAACGUCUUUAGAACUGGAUUUUGUGGAGCAAGAUGAGCACGAGAAUGGAAUCUUCGCCAGCUCCUUCCUCGCGCUAUAUGAACAACCAAGCAAACAGAACCUAAAUUAUUUAUUCUUAUAGUACUACUUCUGGUGAAAUUCGCGUAUAUUUAUGUACUAAUGUAUAGCGUUUCAACUGUUCUUCUGCCUGUGUAUACACAGACACUGAACGUCAAGAACACCCCGUGAUUAUAUCUGUGAAUGAGAAUUUUUUAGGGAGGAAUUUGGUGCCGUCGCAAUGAAUUGCACCACGGAUUCAACCUCAACCGGACCCGAAACGUCCAAUCUACGAGAGAAACGGAAACGCAAGUUUCAAAUAGAAUAAGCGUUGCUUGUGUUCUAUAGAUUCCUUCGUGAAUGUUUGCUAAAUCUCUUCCGCAAUGUAAAGCUAAUUAAAGUGUUUUCGCCUUUUACCUAAUUCCCAGCCUUUCCUCCCUGAAGAACUGCAGUAUCAUCAUAUUUUCUUGGUGAUUUUUAAUAACUGGAAACCUCCCUUUUUCUAUAAUUAAUUUUUCUCUUUCCCUAAAGGAAUAUUUGCUUUGUAUUUGCUUUUAUUUACCGAGUUUGGGGAGUUGCAGAAAUGUAGCUAAUAGUAUUCGAUAAACUCCAUACCAGACGGCUAAAAUGGCAUGUCUUGUCUGAUAGAACUGGCCACAUUUUGAUUUGUCACUCCUGUAAAUAGCUAGAAAAGAGUUAUUUACAUUCUGCACUAUUUGUACUAUCCAAUACUUAGAUAAACAGAGUUGGACAUUUUCGAGGUUCGUUUCUCCAACUGGAUGUGACACCGUCAGCCCAUAGAGACGGGUUCUUCAUCGGGGGGAAUUUUGUGAAGCCCCCCCCCCCCCCUCUCUUCUGAUUGGCCUCUGUACCAUGAGCUCUGGCUCUGCCCAGGAUGUGGCGGUGGAGCAUUUCCUGCGGGACAUUGAGAGGCGGGGCAACCGGCUGCAUUGUGCUGUGAUUGGCCGGGAAGGGCAAAAUCCCCACGGCGACAUGAACUUGCUCUAUCGCAAGAGCCGGCUGGACUGGAGGCACCGGGAUUCAGACAGCAACAAGAAGAGCUCCGGCAGUAAGGACAGCUCGGCCACUGUGGGAAAGGUGCGGGACCUGGCGUCCUUCCGGCGACACUUCCGAAUGGGUUUCAUGACCAUGCCCGCCUCGCAGGACCUUUCCCCGAGGCCCUGCUCGUCCGCCAUGGCGCCCCGCUCGCAGUCCUGCCACUCGGUGGGCGCGGGCAGCGACAGCCUGGAGAACGGAGACCACUCCAGCCCCCAGGCGUCGGCCCACUCCUCGGGCCGCCCCCCUCCGGCCAAGCCGAAACGCCACCCCAGCACCCGGCUCAGCUCCACGGCCGAUCACCGCGGGGCCAACCUGCCGCCCCCGGAGACCCCGCCCCCUCCCCCUCCCACACAGCUGCCCAGCUCCAAGCACUCUGAGAAGAGGAAUGCCAUGAAAAAGUCUGACUCGGGGGACAUGUCUGGGAGGAAAGUCCCGCCCACCAAGCCCAAACGGAGCCCCAACACUCAGCUCUCCUUUGAGCCCCUGCCACCCCGGGUGGCCCCUCCAGCCACGCCUCUGCCCCGCCCGUCCCAGGAAGCAGGAGGACACGAGGAGGAUGGUGACGAAGAGCCGGUCUACAUCGAGAUGGUGGGGGGGCGUGUCUUUUCCCAGCGGGACAGCCAGAAUGCGACCCCGCACCCCGCGAUGGCCGCGAGCACCCCCGACUCGGACUCGGAGGGGAGCGAGGCCAUCUACGAGGAGAUGAAGUAUCCGCUUCCCGAGGAGUCCGACCCACGGCACCGUCUUCCCCUAAAGCACGACAGACCCGGGGCUUCCAAACCCUCCAAGACUGCGCACUCGUCCGCCUCUCACCUGCCCUCCUCCUCCCAUUCUCACCAGUCAUCCUCCUCCUCCUCAAAGGCCAAGGCCACUGUUUCCAUCUCAAAUUCAUCUCCCCUUCCGUCCUCGUCCUCUUCCACCCCCGUCCCUCAAGCCCUGGGUUCUGGCUCCCAGCCCCCACGGGCCCCCACCCCCUUCCUCCUCCCAGGGAGCAAAUCCCAGACAGACUCCAGCAACAAGAUCCCGGCGCCUUUCCCCAACCUCCUGCAGCACCGGCCCCCCCUGCUGGCCUUCCCCCAGCCGGCGGCCGCCUCCAGCGGGAUAGCCGCGCAGAUGAAGGCGGCUGGCGGCAAACUGGGCACCGUCAGCACGCAGGCCUCCUCCGGCCUGGCUCCCGCCACCAACGCCUCCUCCUCCUCCACCGCCUCCGCGUCGUCGUCCUCCAAGCUCCCCGUCUUACAGCUGGGCCCCAAGGAGGCCCCGGGGCCCGGCAGCUCGCAGCAGGACAAGCAGCAGAGCGAGGGGAAGGACCCCCUCCUGGGCCCCGCCCCUGGCCUGCGAGCUCGGAGCCACUCCACCCCGCUUCCCCCUUCCUCUCAGUCCUCCUCCCACUACGCCCACUACCACCACCACCACCCGCACCACCACCCGUCCCACUACCACCACUACCGCAGGGCCGAGAAGGACCUGCCCACCUCCCACAGCAUGAAGCUGGGCCCGCAGGCCACGGCCCAGGCCCAGACUCAAACGCAGGGCAGCGGCGGGGGCAAGGAGGCCAAGAGCCUGGGAUUUCUCCUCAAGUCUGAGAAGAGGGAGCGGGACAGGGAGAGGGAGAUGGGCACACACUCCACCACCCCCUCCCAAAGCGCCUCGACGCCCACCCCCAGCGCCAGCACCCCCCAGACCAGUGCCAGCUCUGCCCCCUCCCCAGCCCCAACCCCUCACUCCUCUUCAUCACAGCGGCCUUCCUCCCGUCCCCUCCUUUACCGGUCCCACACCCCGCACCCCUUGUCCCACGGCCUGCCUGCCUACCACCCCCCUCCCCCAGACAGCCCCAUGCUGUGGACAUACCCUUCUGUGGGGCUGAAAAGACCUCCAGCCUACGACAGCCUGAGAGGGGGGCAGCUGCACUCUCCACACCCCCAAAUCUCCUCCCUGUCCAGUGGAGGCAACGUCCCCAAAAGUAGCUCUACCACAACCCCGUCACAGCAGGGGAAAGUGGGGGGCAGGGGUGGCCAAACAGAUACAGGUAGUCUCUCACGUGAUGGGAGCGGGGGUGGGGCCUCCAUGGACGAGGGCCCCUAUUGGCCCAUGCAGAGGAAGAUGUCAUUCAGCCACGGCAUCAGGGAGACAGAGAAAGAAGAGAGCAACCGGGCGUGGAACGGCAGCACCGACGCCCUCCCCCGCGCGGACAAGGAGGACCGCGGGGGGCUGGGGGGGCCUGGUGGGGUGUCCGGCAUCCCGGUGCGGUCGGGAGGCGGAGUCAGCGGCGGCGGCGGGGGGUUUGGCGAGGGGACGGGAGGAGCCGCCCCGAGCGCGGGGCUGAGAGCUCUGGGCCGCUCGGGCCUCCCCUUGCCCUGUCAGACCUUCCCCGCCUGUCACCGGAACGGAGAGCUGGGGCGACUGGGCAGGUCAGCUUCCACCUCGGGGGUUAGGCAAAGCAGCAGUAAUGUGCAGAGGCAGUGUAGUCUGCCUCGGGAAGCACUAAGUCAGGUCCCGGGCCAAUCCCAGUCUCAGGCCCCCUGUACCCCAACUCUGUCCCACCAACAGCAGCAACUCCAGUUACAUCAACAGCAUCUGCAACAACAGCUUCAUCUCCAGCUGCACUACCAGCACCUGGCCCAUCUCUCGCAAUGCCAUCCUCCGACCAGCGGGGGCACCCCAUCUCAGGCCCAGGCCCAGACCCAGAGGGACGGGAAGCUGCUGGAGGUGAUUGAGAGGAAGCGGUGCCUGUGCAAGGAGAUCAAGGCCCACAGGCGUCCGGAGAGGAGCCUGUGCAAGCAGGACAGCAUGCCUAUCCUGCCUAGCUGGAGAAGGACCCCAGAGCCUCGGAAGACGGGCACCCCGCCCUGCCAGAGACAGCAGGCCGUAGUCUGGGACACUGCCAUCUGAGAUGGGGGUGGCGGGGGGGGGACGGAGAUGGAGAAAUGGGGGAUGGUGAGGGGGGGACAUAACUGAGGAACACGCACGUACAGUGACAGUGGGAGGCUGCCAGGAGAGGGUGGUCAGAGGUGAGAAGAGGGAUGCCAGCACUUUGGAACAUGCUCAUGGUCUGUCAUCCAGGAGAGAGUGAACAGUGAGAGGAGAGGGCCUCCCACCCUGCCAAAUGCUAAAGAGAAACAGAAAAUAAAAGAGAAGCAGAAUGGAGGGAGAGAGACACAGAGGAGGACUGAGAGACAAGGGAGGGUACAUGUAAUUUAAGUGUCCACUUGGCCUAAAAAAGAGACAGACUUAAGAAAGAGUGGGAGAGAGGAGUGGGGGGGAACUGUAAUCGUCGGGGGGGAUUGAUAGGGGCCUGUUGCGUUGCUCUUCACAUUCGAUUCAGGCUUACCUGUGAAUGGCUCUCUCGCAUUCUCUGUGGCCUCUGGGUCUGUCCGGAGGGAGCUGCACACUGAGAAAGAAGAGAAAAGCAACUUGCCCUGUUAUUCAUUUACAUAAAUACCAAAAUGGAGGAAACGGGAAGGACAGGCUAGAGAAAACGUCGGCAAGUUGGAUGAAAACCAACAUGGCGAUCAGUAAUGUCCUUCUAAAGUUUCGCUCUCCUCCUCUUUUCUUUCUCUCUGUCAUUCUGUCUUUCUUGCUGCUACAAACCAAUAGGAACAAACUCAAAUGUUUGGGAAAGGGGCUUUUGGAAUUAUAUAAGUUGGAUACACAAGGAGGGGAAAAAUAAUACCACAAAAACUUGAGAAAACCUUAAUUUCCAGAAUUUUCUGCAUGAAUCUAAAGCACUGGACAAUGUUCAGUCACAUAAUAAGGGCUUGUGUCUAUAAAUCUACAUUAAGUCAGGAAACCCACACUACUUUAGGCACAGCUAUGAAUGGGGGGCUGAAUGGGGACGUGGGACAGGCAGAACUGAAAUAGGGAGCAUACUUUACAUAUCCACAGACGCACAUAUAUGCACACGUGCUAAGGGAGGGAAGAUUAGGACCGGGGGAUGAAAAGCCUUUUUACAGUCUGCACCUGACAAAUUGUACGUUUUACCAAACUGUCAUGGUACCUCCAUUCUCUAUCGCAUCUUGCACACUGUCUGUAAUUGGCACUCCCUACAAUGUCUGUGCUACGUCGAGAGGAGAUGAAUCGAUCCGGUUUGAAGCAAGCAAGCAUGAUGGAUGAACAUACAGUAACUAACAGGAUGCAGUGUGUCAAUCACUUUAUUUAGAUGGAGCUUACGGUGUGGAAGGUGUUGUUCUCCGCUGAUCUGACCAAAUUCCAGCUGUACUGGCACUGGGCAGUUGGCAUCAGUAGAAAUGACCAAUGGUGGAAUGAAAACUGUCUACUGUGGAGGAAGGUUUAAAUCAGUGGUGAGCAACCAACCGGUGGCCUGCAAACUAUAUAUAUAUAUGUAUAUAUAUAUAUAUAUAUAUAUAUAUAUAUAUAUAUAUAUAUAUCCACACAAAAGGGUAUUUGCAUAUUGUGAAGAAAUCAAAAAAUCAUGGGUAAAAUAGCAGAUGUAAAAUAAGUCAACUUGAACAUUUUGCAAUGACACAUUCUGUUUUGAACCUGAACCUGCAUAUAUUGUCUCUGCUAGAGCAUGUGCAUAUGUGCUCAAAUACCUGCAAAUGUGUCCCACGUGAUUAGGGUGCCCACCACUGAUGUAGACAAGAAGAUGGCUCCAUCAGUCUCAUAGGCGACAGGAGAUUGACACGGCUGCUGUUUUGGUGUGAUCAACAGCACUGGUGGCAUUGGGAACGAGCGAGCGAAAGGACAGGGUAAAGAUGGAGGCAAAAGGAGGAAGGUGAAGAAAGGGAACACAGAUGGAAUAUAAGAAUGGAAUAUAAUGAGAAUAUGGACUUUUUAGGCCAUAGUUGUCACAGUGUGUCACCGUUUCUCGGUGGAGUAACGUGAAUAGACAGUUGCCAUCGGUUGUCCCAAAGGUCAGAUCACCAAGGGUCUUAAUAUUCACUUGUCAGCUGACAUUUGUCUUUUUAAAAAACAUUUGUGUUCUGCGAUGAAAUUUAUGGGAGUGUCAACAUUAUAAAUUUGGCAAGGCAGGUCUGUCUAGCUGCACAGUUAUGACAGUGAAGUACGGUCUUUCCAGUCUUUCACAGCGCAGACGUGAAACAAUACACAAAAAAUGCCCUCUUCCCCCCCACCCCCAAAGGUCUUCACAUGGCUUUAUAGCCCAAACAUGGAAAGGGUUGAAGUGGAGUUUUGAGUGGUAGUUGUAAAACAUCAGAAAUAUUUCGAGUGCAGAAAUCCCAGAGAUCAGGCAAAGUUCACUCAUCAAUUUAGAUUUAUUAAAUAUCGAGCUGUUCACGGUGCCACUUGUGUUUCAUACGGUUUUUAUAUUUUUCCUCCAAACAUUCCAUGUUAUGAGUUUUCAAGCUUUCAUGGGACUAAGCACAUCCUGAUGGAGAAACCAUAAUGAGUUCUAGGGCAACAGAGAGGUAGGAGAACACAUAAAUGCAUGCAUGCAUACAUACAUACAUAUACCAAUUAUGCAUGGCAAAGUCACAUUCACAUUCAAAAAUCUCAUGGUAUUUUGUACAUGUGUUUCAUGAACAAUAUACAGAGCAUCUCUCCAUUUACAGGAUACAAGCAUGCAGAAACCAUCUUCACAACGUCUAAUGCUAGCUCCCUGUAUCUGUGGUUAUAGCUUAUUUAUUUAUCUAUUUAUUUAUUCGUUUACAGUUGGAAAUUUUUGUUAGCCAUUUGUUUUACUUUUUUUGGAAAACGUUGCUGCUAUUUUUGAACCGUGGUUACUAUCAUCAAGAAUAUUAUAUAGUAUACGAUAUUGUUAUAUUCUUUUUUAAGAACCAUGUGGGCUGAAAUUUGUAUUAAAUGUCUCUAAGCGCACACUUGUGUAAUAUGGAUCUUAAAGGAGAAUUUAGAUUUUUAUUAUAGCUUAAUGAAUAAGAAUAUUUGAGAGAAUCUGUCUCUGCUUCACCCAGUGGAGAUCUCGUCUCUCUCUCCGCGGUGUACAGACCAGACACUGCCUACAUGGGGGUUGUAAAUCAGCUCUUGGAGGGUCACGGGGAGGGUUCAAAAGCUCCUAGGUUCAUUAUAAAUAUGUAACUCUUUGAAAGGACAUAGGUGGACACAUCAAGUAUUUGUCAGGGGCAUCUGCUUAAUUUACAUAUUUUCCACUAAACACCUAUUUCUCUAUGUUUAAUUUUUGAGAUAUGAAGACGAUCAUUUUGAGCAUAAGUUAUGUUUAUUAAGAAUAUUAUCCUAGGCGCCCCUGAAAGUUCCCCCCCCCCCCCCCCCCCCCU